GCCCGGUAUUUCAUUUUAAUCCGCUGUGCGAAGGCGAAAGGAUGGAACAUAAUUUAUCCGGGACGAUUCGAUCAUUUCUUCUUAUUUUGGCGCUGUCUACGUGCUGUCUCACGGCUGCUCCACCUGAUCUGCAAGCAAGAGUUGAACAACUUGAGAAAAACUAUGUCGAAAUUAAAGAACAUUUGGAAGCUAAAAUUAUUGAUUUGGAGACGAAAGUCGGUCGACUGGAAGCCAAAAUUGAAAAACAGGAUUCACUUUUGGCCGUUCUCGAAAAAGGACAUGACCCUUUGAAAGAUAAUGUCGCCAUCAAUCGACCCCGUCGUCAGAUCGCAACUCAUCGUACUUGCCAGGAAAUCUACGACGCAAAUCCGUCGCACUCCUACGGCAUGUAGGUCUACUGGAUUGAUCCAGACGGACAAGGCAUCGGUGAUCCACCAAUCCACGUCGAUUGCUUCCGGUAGGCGAGGCGGCUGCAUAUAUCUGGUGGUAUCUUAUAUCUGAUAAAUAGUGGCGGUGGGCGGAUACUUUCAGGGGCGCAACAUCCAUUUCGCAUGACAGCCAGUCGGAAAUGGGCAUUGGAAAUUGCACAGAACCCGGAUGUUACUCGAGGCAAAUCAAAUAUAACGCAAGCGAUAGACAAAUCCAAGCGUUGAUUCAAUUGUCUGAACGCUGCUUCCAAAGCAUUUGGUACGAUUGCAGAAACUCGCCAUUGAAGUACAACGGGACCGUCUAUGCUUGGUGGAUCGACAAAGACGGGAAAAGGAAAGAGUUUCGCAGUUUGGAGAAUUGCGACAACCUCGAUGACACAGAAAAGUCUGAAUUCAUUUUUAUAAAGGAUCAAGAUACGUUGCCUGUCACGCGCGUCCAUUUCAGCAACCCGUUUAAGGGCUCCGGCAAACAAGAAGUGAGACGGUUAUUCUGUUCCGGUAAGGCAGAAACGCAGCCAAUGCCGAGAUCGUGCGACGAUUUGUGGCGGAUGGGACACACUCUCAACGGAAUCUACUCAGUCAGGGGAGCUAAACAAAUAGAAACUGUUUUCUGCCAAUUUGAUAAACGAUAUGUUGAACAAGAAUUCCAGAAGAGGAUUGGAUAUCAAGACAUAAAAACAAAGCCAACAUAUUUCUACGUACAGAAAGACAAAAAUUUUUCGGAAAGAAACGUUCCACUACCGUUCGAGCUUACCAUAGUCAACAUUGGAGGGGCCAUGGAUUUGCCAAGCGGCGUAUUCACAGCACCCGUCAACGGAAUUUACUUCUUUUCCUUUGCUGGACUCGCGCAAUUUCCGAUGCUUACAGGUCCAGAUCCAGUUCCAGUGCAAAGGGAACUAGGCGCGAAUCUUCACAAAAAUGGUGAAAGAAUAGCAAUCAGUCAGGUUAAUAUAGGCUACCUCGUAUAUCCGGAUAAUCGAAGUCCAAUCACCCUUCAAAGUACUGUAUCUUUGCGAGCUGGAGACAAAGUAUGGAUCCAGAUAUAUAUUGGGAUCAGUGGGGGGUUUCUAUACGACGAGAGGCAAGCGGAAGUGGACCAGGGUUCCCACACGCAUUUUAACGGGUGGCGUUUGGAAGAAGAAAUCUGAAUAAUGCAGAGGUUUUCCACAACCCCAAUGUGCCAGCAAAUACUACAACCACAAACAACAGGCACCAACGAACAUAAAACGUCCUUCAAUCCCAUUAUCAAUGUACGUUCAUGUCUCUGUAGGGACAUUAUAGUCUUGCAAACAGCAAUUACCUGGCUGUUUUACCAACUGCACAUGUGUGAAUCUCAUUCUAUAUGAUUGCUGAACAUGUUUUUGCCAUCGCCGCUUAUUUUCAGGAUUGAUUUGCGUGAUGGAAACUGAGCAUGAUGAAAUAAUGUUUUAUUUUUAUUUUUACUCUAGAUUUCCUAGUUGUCGAUUCUCUGCAGUACAAAACUGUUCAGUAACAUUGGUUUGGCCUAUGCACGAUGUUUGUUGAUACAUUAAAAA